AAGUCACUCUCGGACGUGGAACGUCAUUUUUGGAUCAGACUACGUCAGAGCUGGAUAUAAAGUCGGCCUGGACGGGACUUACCCACAAGGUACCCUGCACUACCACGACAGCUCCUACAAAACACCUGGUCACCGCUGCCUACAAUACAUAGAAUGGCCGCCGAGAAACUCUUCAGUCCUUUCCAGCUCACGCCCUCCAUCACCCUUCAGCACCGUGUUGUUCUCGCCCCACUCACCCGCUUCCGCGCUAACGACGCUCAUGUCCACGGUGAGCUAGCUGCCGAGUAUUAUGGACAACGUGCAAGCGUUCCCGGGACGUUGUUGAUUACAGAGGCUACAUUCAUUGAUGCAAAGGCGGGUGGGCAGGCGAACGUCCCAGGAAUAUGGAGUGACCAGCAGGUGGAGGCUUGGAAGAAGGUCACCAGCGCGGUUCAUUCCAAAGGUUCCUUCAUUUACCUUCAACUAUGGGCUCUCGGCCGUGCCGCCCUUCCCCAACAACUCGACAAGGAAUCCCCCUCUUUCCAUAACGACCUUCCCUACGUGUCUGCGUCCGAUAUACCCCUGGACGGUGUCGAUCAAGCCCCCCGCCCUCUCACUAUCCCCGAGAUCCAUGAAUAUGUGAGAAUGUACGCUCACGCUGCGGACAAUGCCGUCAAUAAGGCUGGAUUCGAUGGAGUGGAGAUACAUGGGGCGAACGGGUAUCUGCUUGACCAAUUUUUCCAGGAUGUGAGUAAUAAGAGGACGGAUGAGUAUGGCGGGAGUUUGGAGGGGCGGUUGAGGUUUGGGGUGGAGGUUGUGCAGGCGGUGACUAAAGCUGUGGGCCAGGAGAAGGUCGGAAUUAGACUCAGUCCUUGGGGAACCUUUCAGAACAUGCGCAUGGAUGACCCAAAGACAACCUUCAAAACCCUCAUCACCCGCAUCCGCACAGAAUUCCCCAACUUCGGGUACAUCCACGCCGUCGAACCGCGCGUCACGGGCGACAACGACAUGGAAUUCCAUUCCGGCGACUCGAACGAUUUCUUGCGUGAGGCGUGGAACCCGCCGAACACGAGCGGACGGAAGAGGGUGUACAUCGCUGCCGGAGGGUUCAAGAGGGAGACGGCGAUUGAGGAAGCGGAGAAGCAAGAUUGUUUGAUUGCGUUCGGGAGGGCGUUCUUAGCCAAUCCUGAUUUGCCGAAGAGGUUGAAGGAGAACCUACCGUUGAAUAAGCCCGAUCGCGCUACGUUCUACACGGCCCAAAGUCCCGAGGGAUACAUCGACUAUCCCUUUGCUUCGUCUCACUAAACAGCUUCGGUCCGACUUUGUCACUCCUCG